AUAUCAACAGGCUUUCGAUCAUCAUCCUCGUCGUCAUUGUACAACUUCAUCACGCGUGAUAUUUUCGCUGCUGUAGUGCUGUACGUGAGUGUUCCUGCGAAUAAUUGUUGAAGCCAGCAAUAAGAACAACAACGUUGGUGCCAUGACGGUCGUCGUGCUCGGCUUCUACCAAUUCACCAAUAACAGCAGAAGUGAUGAUGCACGAGGGCAGCCCGCCGGCGAGGACUUGUCGCCGUUCUUGACGGACUCGCUGAAAACCUUUGACCACGCGUUUGGCAACCAGAUUGUCAAACACCUCUCGAGCUGGUCUGGACCUCAGGCCAUUGGGGACACGAGGCUGUUGUACGGCAUCAGCCAAGAGUACCGGACCGUGGCGCUGACCUGUCUGGGCGCCAAGGACCUCGGCUUCUGCGAGGUGGAGGAGCGCCACUUGGGCAAGGAGGCAGUUCGACACGCUGUGGCCGCUGCUUGCACAAAACUGUGGGACGACUAUUCGUCUUCUGCUGCUGCUGCUGACGAUGAUGAGUCCGUCAUGGACACGAUCUUGGUGGACGCGUGCAGCUCGGCGGCGAGUGCAGCCGAGGGUGCCACGCUGGCCCUGUGGACCUUCGACACGUUCAAGUCCAAGAAGAAGCGCGUGCCGGGCGUGGGUCUGCUCCAUCCGUGUCCCGAGAAACUUGCGGAGUGGAAAGAAGCCGCGACCAUUUGCGCUGCACAGAACUGGACCCGCUGGCUCAUGGAGAUGCCCGCCAACAAGCUGACUCCGACUGCCACAGCCGAGGAGGCCAAGAAGAGACUCGAGCCACUCGGCGUCCGAGUCAUUGCGCACGACAAGCAGUGGGCCGAGGACCAGGCCAUGGCCAGUUUCCUCAGCGUGUCUGCCGGCUCUGACCAGCCCCCGGUCUUCCUGGAGCUGCGUUACGAGGGACCUCGUCAACAUGAUGAUCAGAUAGCAGGCCGACCCAUCGUGCUUGUCGGCAAGGGCAUCACGUUCGACUCGGGUGGCAUCUCCCUCAAGGUCCCGUCAACCAUGAUGCAGGACAUGCGCUGCGACAUGGGCGGCGGUGCAGUGGUGCUCGGUGCCAUCAUGGCUAUCGCAUCCCUCAACACGCCCAUCAAUGUUGUAGGCUUGAUCCCGUUGUGCGAAAACAUGCCGAAUGGCCGGGCCAACAAGGUCAUGGACGUGGUGCGGGCCAAGAACGGCAAGACGAUCCAGAUCUACAACACGGACGCAGAAGGACGCCUCAUCCUGGCGGACGCACUGUGCUACGCGGGCCAGCAGUUCCAGCCCAGGGCCAUCAUAGACCUGGCCACGCUGACGGGUGCCGUGAGGAUUGCUCUGGGAUGUGCAGCCACCGGCUGCUUCACCGCGCACAAGUCCCUGUUUGACGACAUGAAGCGCGCUGCAGACGAGACUGGCGACCGGGUCUGGCGCCUGCCGCUGUGGGACCUGCACACUCGGGCAGUCACAGGUGCGCGGUUGGCCGACUUGUGCAACAUUGGCAAGCACGAGAGACUCGGAGGCUCGUCCAUUGCAGCUGCCUUCCUCAAAGGAUUCGGGCCGAUAAAAGGGGUUCUCUUUUUGGGCGCUUCAAUCAUGAUGACGGAUAUUCCAUCGAUGAAUUCCACGCGUGUUUCACCGAUAGUCGUUCGUCGCAGCAGGGCUCGACUGAGAGACCUUUCGUCAACAGCAACAGGCAUACGAGAAACGACAUUGAUUGCAGGAAGCAUCGGUAUGAUCGGUGCUGAUAUCACAUAUGAAGUCGAGCCAUGCUGCACGAGUACAACAGCAGCAGAUCGUCACGAUGACGGCUCAUUGGACUUGUUCUUCUUCCUCUUAUUAUUGUACUUGUCAAUGUCAUCCUCCAUCGCCUUGGUGAACUCGGUGUUUGUCUUUGACGGCGGCGCGUUGAUGCGCACGAUGGUGGCCCUCUCCCGCACGUGGGCCCCACUGGACAAGGAGCUGAAAGCUGGCGCACUCGGCACGGGCAGCAGCUUGGUGGCCCGCUUGGUCGCCGGAGGAAGGUCCUGA